AUGAGUCACCAAUCAGACACCCUCCAUCUGCCCUGUGGUCAGACGAGGGGUCAGAGCCUCGGCAGCCAGGGCACCCACACCCGGCCCCUGGAGAUGAUGCUGCACCUGCAGCAGACCAUCGAGAAGCAUAUCAUGCAGUUGGUCACCAGGCACCAGCAGCAGGAUCUGGUGCUGGGGGACCAAAGGCAUCAUCAGGCCACCGGGGAGCAGGAAGCCCUCCUGGGCAAUUUAGUGUCCCAGUUGGUCGGCCUCCUACAGUCUGGGGCCACGGGUGGCCUGGGGCUCCAACCGUCCUACCCUGCCCUGGAUGUGAGGGGUGAUGUCGGAGGUGGGCAGGAGGCCCAAUCAUCCGGGCAGCCUGACCAGCCAGUUCACCAACUGAAGGAUCCCGAAGCGACAUUUGUCAGCCAGCACCUGUCCAACCGUGGGAUCGAAAUCUCUGCCUCAUACCAGGCCAAUUUACAGGACUACAGGAUUUACCAAGGAGACAAAUACCAUGAGGACAAGAACCCCUUGGGCUUCAUUAACCUUGGCAUCAGUGAGAAUAAGCUCUGCCUUGAUCUGAUGACUGAAAGGUUGAGUCAGAGUGAUACGAACUUCACUGAGGAUGUCCUGCUGCAGUAUUCUGAUUGGUCAGGGCAACCAUUCCUGCGGGAAGAGGUGGCCCGGUUUCUGACCUACUACUGCAAGGUACCUGCUCAGCUCGAUCCAGAAAAUGUAGUUGUUCUAAAUGGCUGCUCUUCUAUAUUCUCCACACUGGCCAUGGUUCUGUGUGAUCCAGGUGAGGCCUUGCUGACCCCCACCCCCUUCUAUGGCAGCUUCGUCUUUAGUUCCCAACUGUAUUCGAAAGUUGAGCUGAUUCUCGUCCACCUGGACAGUGAGAGCACGGAUGCGAAUCCCGACCCAUUCAAGCUCACCGUGGACAAGCUGGAGCAAGCUCUGCUUGAGGUGACGCUUACAGGGAAAAAGGUCAGAGGUCUCGUCCUAAUCAACCCUCAGAAUCCUUUGGGGGAUGUCUACUCCCGAGAUACACUGAAAGAAUACCUGGAAUUUGCCAAGAGGUACAACCUACAUGUGAUUAUGGAUGAGAUUUACAUGCUGUCUGUGUUUGAUGAAUCCAUCACGUUCCACAGCGUUCUGAGCAUGGAAAGUUUGCCUGACCCCAACAGGACCCAUGUGAUCUGGGGCACCAGUAAGGAUUUCGGCAUCUCUGGCUUCCGCUUUGGUGUUCUUUACACGCACAACAAGGAGGUGGCCUCUGCCGUGAGCUCUUUUGGCUAUCUCCACAGUGUCUCUGGCAUCAUCCAGUACAAGCUGUGUCGGCUGCUUCAGGACCGAGAGUGGAUUGAUGGAGUGUACCUGCCCACUUACCGCUCCCGGCUGCGGAGAGCUCACAGAUACAUCACUAGGAAGUUGAAGGCAUUGGGGAUCCCUUUUCUCAACCAUGGCUCUGGCCUCUACGUCUGGAUCAACUUGAAAGUGUGCCUGGAUCCGUGCACCUUUGAGGAAGAGCGGCUGCUCUGUCGCCGCUUCCUGGAUAACAAGCUGAUCUUGUCCCGAGGCAAGACCUACAUGUGUAAGGAGCCUGGCUGGUUCCGCAUCGUCUUUGCGGAUAGGCCCCUCCGGCUAAAGCAAGCCAUGUAUCGGUUCUACCAGGUGCUGGAGGAGCAGAAGUGGGAUCUGAGAGUGAAGCAACCGGAGAGUGCACAGAAAGAGUAA